UUGGGAUACGAAACAUUUCCAUAUCGAAUAUCUAAUAUUCAUUAUUUCCAGUCCACAUUCCGCCAAAGCUGCCGCCAUGCGCUAUGCUUCACUUCACCGUCAUGGAUCACGACUACUUGCAAUCGAACGAUUUCGCUGGAGAAGCAUUUCUGGAGCUGGCUGAUGUUCCCUGGCUUCGGAGUGGCUGGCGGCAAUACACUUCGACAAUUUAAUCUCAUUGCUUAUACAACCUGUUCGAAUAAUAAAGAAAUAAUUGAUGUCUUGGCAAGUAGAAAAGAAGAUAAAGAAGCGCUCGAAUUCCUUCGGUCGAUUACUACGGCUUAUUAG